CGCUCGCUUUUAUCUCCUUUUAUUUCCUUUUAUCUCCUUUUAUUUCCUUUUAUCUCCUUUUAUCUCUUUGUCAUUUUGUUUUAAUGAUUUGUCACUUUGGAUAUUUAUGAAGUCACCAGUUUUAGUGUUCACCUGUUUUUUCUGCAGACGUGAUGAGUCAGCGAUCUGAGCGGCGAGGGAUCCAUGUGGACCAGUCAGAGCUGCUGUGUAAGAAAGGAUGUGGUUACUAUGGUAACGCAGCCUGGCAGGGGCUGUGCUCCAAGUGCUGGAGGGAAGAGUACCAGCGUGCACGACAGAAACAGAUCCAGGAGGACUGGGAACUUGCUGAGAAGUUACAGAGGGAGGAAGACGCGGCGUACGCCAGCAGUCACGGCCCUCAGUCUCAGCCUUCUCUCACUCCUUUCUCCAAGUUCGAGGAGAAAAAAACCAACGAGAAAACACGCAAAGUGACAACAGUGAAAAAGUUCUUCAGCCCAUCAUCACGCAGCACGGCCAAGAAAGAGAAAGGGAGGGAUGAGGAGAGAGAGAAAGAGAGAGAGAGGGAGAAAGAGAGAGGAGAGAAGGUGCAGGGCAGGAGGGAGAGUCACGGAGAGACACUGCUGCGAGAUCUGAAGGGUAUAUUUACACACUCGUGGGAGAUCGUGUCUCCGACUGAAGAGAGUCAUGAGGCGAAGACCCACAGUCCGUCGUUUGUGCGUCAGUCGAGUGUGGAGACAGAUCAGGUGUCCAGGGAAUUUGUGGAGUUCCUGAAGAGUUUAAAACCUGGACGAGAAAUCCACAAACAGAGCCGAGCCUUCGUGGAGAGCAUGGGGAAUAAAAAGGACCUCGGUGCUGACGAGCUCUCAGAGUGUGUGCAGGAUUUCUACCAGAACAUGUCUGACCGUCUCCUCUCUCACUUUAAAGGUUCCUCUGAGAAGGUGGAGCGAGUGAUGGACCAGGUGGAGAAGUACAUCAUGACUCGUCUCUACAAGAGUGUGUUCUGUCCUGAGACCACUGACGAUGAAAAGAAAGAUCUGACCACGCAGCACAGGAUCCGGGCAUUACACUGGGUGACCAUCCAGAUGCUGUGUGUUCCUGUGGAUGAAGAAAUUCCAGAAGCAGCUGAUAGUGUAGUAAAGGCCAUUACAGAUAUAAUCGAGAUGGACUCGAAGCGUGUGCCGAGAGAUAAGCUGGCCUGCAUCACCAGCUGCAGCAAACACAUCUUCAACGCCAUCAGGGUGACGAAGAAGGAGCCGGCGUCGGCCGACGAUUUCCUCCCUACACUCAUUUACAUCGUGCUGAAGGCCAACCCGCCGCGCCUGCAGUCCAACAUCCAGUACAUCACACGCUUCUGCAACCCGAGCAGGCUGAUGAGCGGAGAGGACGGGUACUACUUCACCAACCUGUGUUGUGCAGUGGCGUUUAUCGAGAAGCUGGACGCUCACUCACUCAACCUGAGCGUGGAGGAUUUCGAGCGUCACAUGUGCGGCGGCUGUGGAUCCGGUGAGAUUUCCCCGCGCAGGAGAUCCGAAUCGGCGUCCCCGUGGCCGAUCGAGUUGCUCUCCGCUCUGCACAAACGGCAGCAGCAGGUUCUGGUGGAGGCACAGGAUCUUCAGGUUGAGCUCCAGCGCUGGCAGGAGGGCGUGGCCAGCGAGGUGCAGGACAUCCUCGACAAAUAUCCGCUAGAGUUCAAAAAGCAUGCAGCACAUACCAUUGAUUCUGAGAACGAGGAGAACGACCGGCUGCCCCCACCCCUGCAGCCUCAAGUGUUCGCCGGUUAGAAACCAUAACUAAACUGCAGGAGUCAAAAAGA